UCCCAGCGUGUCCACACGGGCGAGAAGCCGUACUACUGCGCGCUGUGCGGGAAGCGCUUCAGUCAGGCGUCCAGUCUGAAGAAACACUACGGCAUGCACCGAGGAGAGAAGCCCUUCAGCUGCCUGCACUGUGGAAAACUCUUCUCAGAUCAGAGCAAUCUGAAGAAGCACGUCAACGUGCACACGGGCGAGAAACCGUACGGCUGCGUGCAGUGCGGCAAAACCUUCAACCAGUCAUCCAACCUGAAGACACACAUGAAGAUCCACACGCGGGAGAAACCGUUCAGCUGCGAGCACUGCGGCCAGAUCUUCGCCUACAAGAGCAGUCUGGUGAAACAUCAGCAGAGGAACUGCCUUACUCUCCAGAACCCGCUGCAGAACCCUCUCCAGAACCCGCUGCAGAACCCUCUCCAGAACCCGCUGCAGAACCCGCUGCCACAGUUUUAGACCUUUCUAAACCUGGAGGUCGUGUUCUGCAGACUGUAGAGUCUAGAGUCUAUCUGACCUGCGCUGGAGUAAUUCCUUCAUGUGCUCCUGACUUUUAUUUCUCUCUGGAUUAAUAAUCUCCUCGUCUCCAGAGAACAAUCCCUGCACAGAUACUUCCAGGAGCACGUGCCUCUGAAGCGUACGCUCGGUCCCCUGCCUAGUGCUCUAAUAUAAAUAUACUCUAUACGGUAAAGACCUACAGACGCUCUCGUUUUUUAGGUUAAAGACAUUCCCAAGUGAACUGAUUAAAUACAGAGAAAGUAAAAAGACUUUCACUGCAAGCCAGGGUUUCCUUUUUAAUAAAUACCCACCUAUGUGUAUAAAAUUAUAGAAUUCAUCAUUAAAAUAAUGAAAGUA